AUGCCUGGUAAAAGCCAAAAUCCAGGUAAACGCAGAAAAUAUCGCAGAUCUUCCAUUCUUUGCCACAGUCAUCCUUCAGUCCCCGAAGCCAUACCGGAUAGCCCCAUUAGCCAAACAACAGGAACCCCAGCGUCGAGACUUUUUGACACACCAGGCUGUGAUGGCCCCUAUACUCCAGCAAGUGCAUUCAGUCCAUCUCCUCUCAGGAACAAACAAAAAGCUUCACAGUCCACCGAAUCUGAAACUCCAAUAUGCGAUGCCUUGGUCCGGGCUGGUAUCAUACCAGAUCGAGGACCCGUCAGACCGUGGCCAAAUGAUCCAGUGCUCGGAAAGCCGGGAUGGAAAGUACCAUGCGAGAUGAAUGGCAUUCAUGAAGCCAUGAAUCGAAUCCUUUUCAAGCAGGAGUUGAUACGUGCUGCUGAUGAGGCCGAGCGUCAAAGAGCAUUAGAGAAACAAUUUCCAGGGGCGCGGUUCACAAACUCAGCAAGUAAAUGA